GCUACGGAUCCAGAUGUACGCAGCAGAUAUGAAAGCCAGGCUGGCGUCCUUGGAGAUGAAGGUCUGGAGCUGGGCCCCCCGGUCCCAGGCGUGAAUGGGGGUCUGAACCAGGCUGCCCACCCCAAGACCAUGACAACAGCCCAGGAUGGCCAUGGGCAGGGUGCCACAGCCACUUGUUCAGCCUCCAACCUGAAGACCCCCAACAUGGUGACAUCCUCAGCAUGUCAGAAUGGAGGCUGCAAGAUCAGCCCAAGUGGUGAGCCUGAAGCUGCGGAAACCAGGCUCAGCCCUUCCAAGCUCGUGCGUCUUUUCUCGGGGAGUCGGAAGAGGAUGAGUACCCACUCUGAGAGGCCUCGCUCGGUGGUCCUCGUGGGGAAUUCCUCCACGUGGAAUGCCUUGGCCUCCUUCCGUAAAAUGGGAUCUUUUAAAAGACUGAAAUCCUCUGUCCUUCAGGGAAUUCAGAACCGGGAAGGGGCAGAUGUUUCCAAGGAAGACCCAGCAGGAGACUCAGGAAGGGCUGCUCCCAAUGGCACCAUCGCCAUCCUGGGAAAGGGCCUAGGCAGGUGCCCAUCCUUGGGGCCUGCAGGGGAUGGGGCCGGUUCCGACUGCUCGGACCCUGAGGACACAGAGGAUGCCUUCCAGAGGAGCACGCACCGCUCCCGCAGCAUUCGCAGGGCCUAUGGCCUGGGCCGCAUCAGCCUGCUGGAUCUGGGGCGGCAGCCAGCACCGGAGCCCGCCCUGUGCGAGAUCCACGUGAGCGACCCUGAGCCCAGUGGCGCUGUGCCUCUACCACGCAGAAGUAAGAGCAUCGACAGCUUGAGUGUCCUGAAGAACUCCUUCAAGCGCAAGUCUGCGUCCAACCUCACAGAACUGUCGGGUGACAGGCAGAUUCCCCCCAGGACCCUGAGCAGCUCAUCCACUGACUCCGAGAAGCCAGGUGGGUCCCAGAGAAGGACCAGACGCUGGAGGAGCCCCAUCCGGGCCAAAGACUUCGACCGAGUCUUAAGACUGGUUAGCAGUGUCAAGGAUGCAGCCUGGAAGAGGGAGGCCCCCAGGAGUGCAGCCCCUAGCCCAGAUUCCGAUCCAGGGGAUGUGAACCCGCCACUGGGGCCACGCAGCAAGCUACACGAUGACUACUCACGCCGCACCAGCAGCAGUGUGGAGCCAGAUGCCAGGCGUGGUGGCCCUUUGUCCACACCCUGUGUUCCCCCACCAUGCACCGCCGCACCCAGCACAGCUCAAGAACCCCACCUGGAUGUGGACACCGCAGUAUUCCCCCUGGAAACCAAAAGUGCUCAGCCCCUGGGAAACGACGAACCUCGAGUCAGCAGUCCCUCACCGAGUCUCACAGACCCAGAAGGGUUGGGCCACGCCUCCAAUGAGGCAGCUGCAGGCAGCCGGCUUCCCUUGGACCCUCUGCAGCCUGCCACCCCUCUGAGGCCCACCACGCCCAAGCCCCAAAGCCCCCAGAGCCCAGGGAGUACUAAAUGCCCCAGUAGUCUAAGUGUGAUGUCCCUCAGUUCAGCGGACAGUGAAGAAAGGACCGAGGAUGCUGCCCACAGGCCGCUGGGACCCGCAUCCCUCCAGGAAGCUGUGCGAACAGGUGAUGAGGGAGGACAAAGUCAUGACGGUUCUUUUCCGGUGAAUCUCGAUGGGGCCGCCAACCCGGAAGAGAGGAAGGAGGAGGUGGCGAAUGGGGACGACUGGCCGCAGGGUUCAGCCCAGGAGCAGGAGCAGACCGAGGUGCCCCGCAUCUCCAGGAGGAGAUGGGGCUCAGGAAGGCGCACCCGGCCGCGGCCACUGUCCGACUACGGCCAGCUGGCUAGCAGGAGCUUGUCCAUUCCUGAAGAUGCCAUUGCUGCAGACCCUCCAGACGAUGACCAUACGGACAGAAUGCACCCGUCAAGAGUGACCACCACCAGCCAGGAUCCACGUGCCCCCUCAGGCUGUUCCAGGGGGGCCCGGAGAAGGCGACCCAUAUCUGUGAUUGGAGGGGUCAGCUUCUAUGGCAACACCCAGGCAGAGGAUGUGGAGAACCUCUUGGUCCAACCAGCAGCCAGGCCUCCCUUGCCUGCGCACCAGGUUCCACCCUACAAGGCUGUAUCAGCCCGCCUCCGGCCCUUCACCUUUUCCCAGAGCACUCCCAUCGGGCUGGACCGCGUGGGGCGCCGACGGCAGAUGAAAGCAUCCAAUGUCUCUUCAGAUGGAGGUGCAGAAUCUUCGGCCUUAGUGGAUGACAAUGGUAGUGAGGAAGACUUCAGCUAUGAAGAACUCUGCCAAGCCAACCCUCGGUACCUGCAGCCAGGCGGGGAACAGCUGGCCAUCAACGAGCUCAUCAGCGAUGGCAGCGUGGUCUAUGCAGAAGCACUGUGGGACCAUGUGACCAUGGAUGACCAGGAACUGGGCUUCAAGGCUGGGGAUGUUAUCCAGGUCCUGGAAGCCUCUAACAAGGAUUGGUGGUGGGGCCGGAAUGAAGAUAAAGAGGCCUGGUUCCCUGCAAGCUUUGUUAGGCUUCGAGUCAAUCAGGAGGAGUUGCCGGAGAGCUGUAGCAGCUCCCAUGGGGAAGAGCAGGAUGAGGACACCAGCAAGGCCCGCCACAAGCAUCCUGAGAGCCAGCAGCAGAUGCGCACCAACGUCAUCCAGGAGAUCAUGAACACCGAGCGCGUGUACAUCAAGCACCUCAAGGACAUCUGUGAGGGCUAUAUCCGACAGUGUCGUAAGCAUACGGGAAUGUUCACGGUUGCGCAGCUAGCCACUAUUUUUGGAAACAUUGAAGACAUUUACAAAUUCCAAAGAAAGUUUCUGAAAGACCUUGAGAAACAGUACAACAAAGAGGAACCUCACUUAAGUGAAAUAGGAUCCUGCUUUCUUCAGCACCAAGAGGGCUUUGCCAUCUACUCCGAGUACUGCAACAACCACCCAGGUGCAUGUGUGGAGCUGUCCAACCUCAUGAAGCAGAGCAGGUACCGGCACUUCUUUGAGGCCUGCCGCCUGCUCCAGCAGAUGAUUGACAUUGCCUUGGAUGGCUUCCUCCUCACACCGGUGCAGAAGAUCUGUAAAUACCCGCUGCAGCUGGCCGAGCUGCUCAAGUACACCACACAGGAGCACAGCGAUUACAACAAUAUCAAGGCAGCUUAUGAGGCCAUGAAGAAUGUGGCCUGCUUGAUCAAUGAACGCAAGCGCAAGCUGGAGAGCAUUGACAAGAUUGCCCGCUGGCAGGUGUCCAUCGUAGGCUGGGAGGGCCUGGACAUUCUAGACCGAAGCUCCGAGCUGAUUCAUUCGGGGGAACUGACCAAAAUCACCAGGCAGGGCAAGAGCCAGCAGCGGAUCUUCUUCCUAUUCGACCACCAGCUGGUGUCCUGUAAGAAGGACCUGCUACGCAGGGACAUGCUCUACUACAAGGGCCGCAUGGACAUGGACGAGGUGGAGCUUGUGGAUGUGGAGGAUGGGCGGGACAAAGACUGGAACCUCAGCAUGCGGAACGCCUUCAAGUUGGUCAGCAAAACCACAGAUGAGGUGCAUCUGUUUUGUGCCAGAAAGCAAGAAGACAAGGCCAGGUGGCUGCAGGCCUGUGCAGACGAGAGGCAGCGGGUGCAGGAGGACCAGCAGAUGGGAAUGGAAAUCCCAGAAAAUCAAAAGAAACUCGCCAUGUUGAAUGCUCAGAAGGCCGGACAUGGGAAAUCUAAAGGCUACAGCAGCUGCCCUGUGGCCCCACCCCACCAGAGCCUGCCACCCCUUCACCAGCGCCACAUCACGGUGCCUACCAGCAUCCCGCAGCAGCAGGUCUUUGCCUUGGCCGAGCCCAAGAGGAAGCCUUCACUCUUCUGGCACACCUUCCACAAACUCACCCCCUUCAGGAAAUGAGCCUUACCCAGGGUGUGCCUCUGAAGUACUGUUGGGAAGGAAGACCGGUUUUGUCUCUUCAGUGUGACGUCCGGGGAUGGCUCUUGCUCAGUGCUGAACACUUCUUUUGGGAAUCCAUGAUGAAGAGGAGUUGGACUCAUCUUUGAUUUUGAGAGGCCCUGGUGCCCUUGUGGAAAGGAGGAAGCCAUGAAGCACUGCUCUAUCCCACACUGGAAGCCAAGUUGCAAUGUCAGGUGGCUGGGAUGUAGGGACCAGGGCUUCUCUCUACGUGGAGACUGCUGACUCGGUGGCCCUGCGAAUUUGCCGCUCAUGGUCAUAUUCCUGCUGCAGUUCCAGACAGUACCAAGAGCCUUUCAGUCCCUCAGGAGCAACCACAUUAAGGAUGGCUUCUGUGUUUGAUCUUCAGGAACUCAUCGACAAGAGAUUGGUAGGACAUUGACAGCCAUAGGAUGACUUGGGUCAGAGAGACAAUGAAGGAGCUAGAGCUGCUGGGCAGGUGCCCACAGUUCUCCAAGGUGUAGCAGGUUUCAUCUUGCAAGGUUCCUUAUUCACAAGCUAGGGAGAGAUGACAGGAGGCACCUGUCGCCCUGGCAGUGUGGGGCAUGACAGCAUCCUCAAGGCAGUGCUGCUUUCCAGACUCUAAGGAAGGGCACUGCCAGCUCGUUUGUCCCUCUCAGCUCUUCAAGCAGAGGUCAUGUCUUGCUCACCCAUCACAACCUAAGACGCUGCCAUUCGCAGAAGCAGUGGCGAUGUGAAAAUUCUUUCAAGUUUGAUAACACGAUAACGUGCACCUGUGCAUCUUCAACAGACAUUUGCAAUUUCUCCAUCAGUGAGAUGAUGAUGAUGAAGACACAGACAUUCCACAGAGACAACAAGGGACAAAAAACGUCCUGCUUCCCGGGGAUGUGGAGACACCUCUGUCACAUGACCCUGAAACAGCAGUGGCCGGCCGUGCCAGCUGGAGAUUGGUUUUGAUGACUCCUUAGCUCCGAGAGCGCUGUCUCUUAACGAAGGCCACACGGGCUGACACCCACAGGGAGUAACCUCCCUUUGUUGACAUUGUGGAGUUUGAUCAAAACGCCUUUUAACAAGAUCUAAGGAA